AUGCUUUGGUUGGCUCUUUUAGCUUUGAAUGUUUGCUUGUGUUCUGCCUUUGACAAUGGCUUGGGAAAGAAGCCCCAAAUGGGGUGGAAUUCCUGGAACAAGUUUGGUUGCGACAUCAACGAAACUGUGAUUCUUUCGACAGCACAGAAAAUGAAAGAACUCGGUCUAUUGGAGUAUGGGUAUGAGUACAUCGUCAUGGACGAUUGUUACGCUUUGAAGCAACGUGACCCCGUCACUCACAAAAUUGUCGAGGAUCCAGACAAAUUCCCUAACGGUAUCUUGGACCUCUCCAACAAGAUCCAUGAUCUUGGAUUCAAGUUUGGAAUGUACUCUUCUGCCGGAAAGUACACUUGUGCUGGUUACCCUGGGUCCUUACACUAUGAGGAAAUUGAUGCAGACACCUUUGCCAAUGAUUGGGAAAUUGACUACUUGAAGUAUGACAACUGCUUCAAUGAAGGUAAUAGUGGCACUGCAAAGAUCAGUUACGAGAGAUACAACAACAUGUCCCAAGCUCUUUUGAAUACUGGACGCCCAAUCUUUUACUCCUUGUGCCAAUGGGGUGAAGAUCAUGUUUGGGACUGGGGUUCUACCCUUGCGAAUUCGUGGCGUAUCAGCGGCGAUAUAUAUGACAACUUCGAUCGUUAUGACGACAGAUGUCCCUGUGAAACGUACGAAUGCCCAGGUCUUCAAGGUUAUUCUUGCUCGAUCAAUAACAUUUUGGAAAAGGCUGUUCCAUUAGGUCAGAAAGCAAGCGAAUUUCUGGGAUGGAACGACUUGGACAGCUUGGAAGUCGGAAAUGGUGGAAUGACAACCAGCGAAUAUAAAGCCCACUUCACCUUGUGGGCCAUUCUCAAGAGUCCUUUGGUCUUGGGUAAUGACGUUACCGGAAUGAGCGACGAAGACUUCGCUAUAGUUACUAACAAAGCCAUCAUCGCCAUCAACCAAGAUGGAUCUCGUCCAGCAAACCGUAUGUGGAAAAGGAAAACCGAGGGUGGUUACCUUCACUUGUUUACAAACCUGUUGAACAAUGGUACCACCGUGGUGACUUUAUACAACAGUGGAGACGCCGUUAAAGAUACUACUGUGGAAUUUAGUGACAUCUUCUUCGGAGACAAGAAGAGUGCUGCCAAGAGCUAUACAUUUAGCGAAUUGUGGACCAAUGACACAUUUACUGCUGAGAAAAAAUUCAAAACUGAUAUCGGCGAACACUCAGUCAAGAUUUGGUGGUUAGACUGCCCAGAGGAGUACUGUGGGACCAGUGAAGAUAACUCGAAGCGCUUUGAUUUUGAGUACUAA